ACGGGACAGCCGUUGGGUGAGCCCUUGGAGGGGCACACUGGUCCGGUUCGAUCAGUUGCGUUCUCACCUGAUGGUACUCGCAUCGUGUCUGGUUCGGAGGAUAAGAUGGUACGACUGUGGGAUGCAGCGACGGGACAGGCAUUGGGCGAGCCAUUGGAGGGGCACACUGGAGAGGUUUGGUCAGUCCCGUUCUCACCAGAUGGUACUCGCAUCGCGUCUGGUUCUUUUGAUCACACUGUACGGCUGUGGGAUGCAGUGAAAGUGCAGCCAUCCCCCAUGUUCAGAGAGCCAGAUUCUUCCUCAUCUUCACUGCAUCGAAGCGCCGCACCUCCCACCCAAGAAAGCCGUACCAUGCUCACCAGCACUUGUAACGAUCACCUCAUUUCCUUCUCGUCCAACAAAGAACACGCUCUACCCAACCCCGCUGACUUGCUAGCACCCAUUUCGCAUCAUAAUUCUAAGUCAACCCCUUUCUUGCUACAGGCUGAUGGAUGGAUCAUGGGACCCAACCAUCGGCUCCUUUUCUGGGUACCUCCCGCUUCCAGACAUGCAUUCUAUACCCCUUGGACUUCAUUGGUGAUACCAAGAGGAUAUCCCGAACUUGAUUUGAGACGCAUGGCACAUGGGACGCACUGGUCGAAUUGUCACGAUGCCUCUACGUAACAAUCAUUCUAUUGCUGCAAUAUCGAGUGUGCCGUUCGAUUCUUUGAUUCUUUGUCAAUUUCUAUACCUAGCACCGAGCCUGAAUUUAUGGUUGUCCAACUGCUGCAGAGUGCACUAGUUAAUAUGUAUUACUCUAGUACUAGGUACGUUUGCAGUAGCAUUUUCGCGCCGUUUUCGUCGCCUUCUGCUUUUGACUUUCCAGUGAAUCUAAUAUUUCCACAUGAUGUGCACUGUGAAGAGCCACGGAAACUUCGUCGUAGCCAAGUGGCGAAGAAUGAGCGUCUUAGUACAGUAUAGGACCGGCAUUUGAGCCAAACAGCUACCACACACUCGAUAUUUGCUUAUCGACCC